GAGCCUGUGGGUGAUGGGGGCAUCUUUUCCCCCGCGGAGAGUUUGAUGGGCUCUCCACAGGUUAGUGCCCAUGUGGAGCAGGAGGGUGAGCGAAAUGCCAGUACGUGGUCUGCUAGUGGCGCCAAUGAUGGGUCAAGGAGCAGUGCCUGUGGCUUCCUCGCCAGUGUGGCAGUCCCCAACGAGCGCCCCUCUACCAGAGCAACCCCUUAUGAGUCCGGAGAAUCGCAGGGCUAUGGCAGCUUGGACCUCAAGACCUUCGAUUUUAACAACCCCAGUGAUGACAGCUCAGCGGCAAGUGUGAGCCAUGAGACCGUCAUGGAGGAAGUGCGGAAGCAGGUGCAGUUGGCGAUGAAGGGUCGAGAUACGGAGCUACAGGAGGAGGUGAACCUGGUCCUCUACCUCGAGAGGCCCGCGGCGGAGUUCCAGGCCGCGAAUCUGGACGCAACCCCGCUGGUGAAGGUGAUGGCCUUAGACAAGUUCCGCGUGCUCCCCCUGGGCUUGCAGGUCCUGCUGAUCAACCUGGAGGAAUUCCUUCUGUUCGAGAGCCGGGUGAACCAGCUCUACGAGGGCAACGGGAGGAACCUGCUGGGCACGCGAGGUUCGUUGGGAGAAUCCCGGAGACUUCUGUUGAAAGAGAUCAUGGAAAUGUUCACCAGGGCCGAUGCCUCUCCCUUGGACAUUUUGGUUCAGGGAAUGCGACAGCUCCAGCAAGUCUAUCUGGAGAAAAGAAGUGGCCAGGAUACCGAGGCCAUGAAAGGGAGUUUGGAGCUCCCAGCUCUUCCGGAUCUGGUUGGUGAAACCGGAGUUGAAUUCAGUGAUUGGUUGUACGUGGCAGAGCAGACAGUGGGUUCCCUUUCGGAUUCCGCGGCGGCUUGGUUUGAGAAGACCUUGAGGUGCUCCAAGGAGGCGUACCAGAAGCACCAGGUCGCGACACCGAUGGAGAGAUUGUCGAUCAUGCCAACGUUGACCUCGGACUUGAAGGACAGUAAGUGGAAUCGACUUGAGAGACGCGUCAUGACGAUGCUGUUGACUGCGAUGCCCCGGGCAGUUCGAGAUGAUGCUGUGACGCACAGGGUGGCAACGGUGUCGGGGGCUCUGUUUAGACUUCACGUUCUCUACGCUCCAGGUGGUGUUGCGGAACGAACGACGGUGCUCAAGCAGUUGGAGGGCACGCAGGGUACGGAGAAUGUGGCGGAGACCAUUACUUCCCUGCGGAGAUGGAGGAGGAACUUGACUCGAGCCUUGGAGAUGAAUGUUUCCCCUCCUGAUGCGAGUGUGUUGCUGAAGGGUGUGGAGCUUAUUGAGACGGUCUUGAAGUACUACGACCAUGUGCUAUCGGAACUCCAACAAUCGAUGCCGGUGGAGGAGCGGAUGGAGCUCUACAUCUACGUGCCGUUGGCGGCCAUGCUGGGACUGGAGAGGCUGGAUGUCGACGUGGCCCUAGCUGCAAGUAUUCUCACGACUUUGCGAGCAAGGAGGAGAAGCGAGCGCGGUGCUGGCAUUGCGGUUCUCGACAGCACCGUCAAGCAGACUGCGGUUGGCCCCACUUCGGCGAGCUCAACUUUGACGUCCUCUACGACAUCCGGAGAGACGGUGGUGACUGGAGAGCCAAUUCAGCCCUUUACGCCCGAAGCCCUUCAGAACCCAGAGCUACAGAACUUCAUGAAGGAGGUGAACACCAUGCUACAAAGGUUUUCGAGGCUCAACCAGCUCUCCUUGAUGGAUGACAAGAUGCUUGCGGCCAAGGUGGAGAAGUUCGAGGCUGAGUCUUCGAAGGGCAAUGGUGGAACGACAUCGUGGGCAUUGUUGGAUUCGGGAGCGACAAAUCCAUUUCGUCCGGCGAACAAGGGCGAGGAAAUGGAAGCCAUGCCGAUUCAGGUGCAGCUAGCUGACGGUCAAGCAGUGCUACUACGACAAAAUCGAGCUGGGACAUUGAUGCCUUACAGCAAGAAGCAAGCUGCAGAGAAGGGUACCAACACUGUUAUAGUGCCUCUUGGAAGCUUGGUGCAGGAGCUUGGAUGUACUGUUGCCUGGACCCGUCGUGGGUUGGAAGUCAAGCACCCCACCUACGGAGUGAUCACGACUCAUGUGUCAGGGGCUUGCCCAUUUAUUGGGGAAGCAAAGGCCUUGGAGUUGAUAGGCGAGAUAGAGAACAGGAAGUUGGAGCAGUUGAAGGUCGCAAUGGUUGAAACUCAGCUUCGACUACAUGGUGUGGAAGCGCAACUCAACUAUGGAGCCCAGCUUUCGGAGUAUCGCCGAACCGGAGGUCGGACUGAAGGCUUGAAGGCCCUGAUGUGUGAGGAUUCAGUCUUCGGGUGUCUGACGGAAGCUCAAAGGUGUGCGUUGGCUCAGGACAUUGACCUCAGCGACAAGGCUGGCCACAAGUACCUGAAGGCUUUGCCUGUGAAGCGCGCUAUGAGGAAGAAAUUGAUGACCACCCAAUGGUUGGCGCACGUCUACUCCGGGGAAGGUGGCAGCAAGGAGCUCAAGGUGUUUGAAGAUGACUGCGUUACACUACUUGAGGUGGACUUGGGCAUAAGCAAGGCGUUCAACAUGAGGGAGCCGAGCGGUGUUUACAAGGCAUUGUUGUGGGCUGCCAUGCGAGGCCAGCUGUAUGGUCUCAUUGGGGGACCUCCGCGUGGUGAGGCCUGCGGUGAGCUGGUCCUGAAGCAGAUGUUCCUCUGGAAUGUUGCGAGGCUUACAGCGGAGGAGCACGAGGUCACAUGCCCCAUAUUUGCUAUGACGAUGCCAAAGAAGAGCGAGCUAUGGAGAUCACAGAUGUGGAAACGGUUCCAAGGCUCGAUGGGUGUUGUUCUCAAUGCUGGCAGACCCGAUGUGUUCUUGGCCUCCAACUUGGUUAUGAAGGACUCGGGAUAUGAUGCUUGGGAGCAGACGGCCGAAUCAGGAGCCUUC